AUGGCCAACGCAAUUUUAUCAUCCGAAAAUAAUUUGAGCUUUGCUUGUGAGUUUCAAAAUACGUGAAAUUUUAGAUACAAGAAUUUUUUGAUCUACAAAAUUUGGAAAACCCCAAAUUUUUGACCCUGAAAUCUACAGUAACUCAAAUAUUGAUGAGCUCAAGAAAAUCGCUCAAAAAAUGUCUUUGUUUUUUUAAAUGAUAAAUUACUGUACUCAAAAAUCCACGUAUUUUGAGAUCAAAUAAGCCUAGGGUUACUGUAGAUGUUUGUGCCUAAUGUUCAGAUUUUGUGGAUCAUUUUUUGUGCCAUAUCCUACGAUUUGUUCUGGACAUUUGAAAAUACACAUCUCCGAACAAACCUAUUGAUUCUUGUCAAAACCAAGAAUGCGCAUUUGACAAAAAGUUUGUUGGAAAAUGUGAGAUUCUCUUUCAACCGAUCACCGCAAGCAACGUUGAAUUUGUUCAGCAGUGAGUUAAAUGAAAAUAAAUUAUAUCGAAAUUUUGAAACGUAUUUUUUUUGGUGUUUAAAAAUUAGAGAAUUUGCGACGUUUUACGUUCAAAAAAUCGUAAAACUCUGAAAAAUUUUCUAAAAAAAAAUGAGCUGCAUCCUAAAAUCGAAGUAUCGGCAAAAAUUCUUCUAUAAAAACUACGAAUUUUUAAUUUUCGGAACAAUACAAAAUGCAAACUGACCAAAAAACCGCAAAUUUGAACCUGAUUGACCAGACAGAGGAGAAAUCGAGAAAAACUGAAAAAAAAACAUGUUUUGAAGCUGAAAUUUCAGAUUUUUGGCUACAAUUCCAGCUUUUCCCUGACCCAAAACCUUAAAUUUCAAAAUUUCAAGGUUUCGGGUCAGGAAAAAGCUGACAAAUUGUGAUUUUCACAAAUUUUCGAGAGAAAACCACCGUUUUUCUAGUUUUCGAGCUGAAAACCAUGAAUUUUAUCAUUUUCAGCUCAAAAACUACUGGUUUCUAUCAGAAAACAUCAAUUUUUCAUGAAAAAUUCAAAAUUUACCUUUCAACUCAAUCCUCCAUCUCCUUUCGAUCCAUCCAUCCAUUGUUUCGAGUAGUACCUGUCAAAAAAUCAAUUAACACUACGAAUUUUUAAUUUUCGGAACAAUACAAAAUGUAAACUGACCAAAAAAAAAGCAACCUGUGUUGUUGAGACGAAUUCCACAAUUGACACGAUGUUGUUCAAUGAGCAAAUCUGAAAAAAAGCAAUUUAUUUUUGGUAGGGUUCAUAAAUGCUCCCAAAAAAACUAAAAAAAAACAUAUUUUUGAGAUUUUUCGGUUCUCAAGUUUUGAAAAUCAACAAUUUGAAGGAAUUUUCCGAGAAAACUUGCCUAAAUCAAGAUCUUCUCAGCUAGAAAACCUUCCACAACGUUUUCAUCUCCUUUUCCAAGGUUUUCAUCUCCUCAAUUCUCAACAAGAUCCAUAAAUUUAGUGAUUUUUGAACUCCCAUCCAACAAAAUCGCGCAUUUUCAUUUUCCAGUGAAAACCUGUUUUUAAAUACAAAAUAAUAUUACUCCGCGAAUCAAAAGCGGUUGAAUUCAACAAAAACAACAUAUUUUUCAAAUAAAAAACUUUAUUCAACAAGGAAAACAACGAAAAACUAGCGAAGAAACAUUUCGAAAAUGAAAAAAAACAAAAAUAAAACUACGACACUCCGCUUGCCUGUUGUUUAUCGUAUUUCAACAGAGCGGCGGUUUCAAUUCGAUUUUUUUGCUCUUGAGAACCGAAAAAUCUCAAAAGGAUAGUUUUUUGUGAGCAUUUAUGAACCCUACCAAAAAUAAAUUGUUUUUUUUUCAGGUUUGCUCAUCGAACAACAUCGUGUCAAUUGUGGAAUUCGUCUCAACAACACAGGUUGCUCUUUUGGUCAGUUUACAUUUUGUAUUGUUCCAAAAAUUCAAAAUUCGUAGUGUUAAUUGAUUUUUUUGACAGGUACUACUUGAAACAAAGGAGGAUUCGGGAUGGAGAAUUGAGUUGGGAGGUAAAUUUUGAAUUUUUCAGGAAAAUGGUGGUUUUCUCUCGAAAAUCCCAGAAAAUCACAAUUUUCAGCUUUUCCCUGACGCGAAACCUUGAAAUUUCGAAAUUCAAGGUUUUGGGUGAGGGAAAAGCUGGAAUUGUAGCCAAAAAUCUGAAAUUUCACAUGUUUUUUUUUCAGUUUUUCUCGAUUUCUCCUCUGUCUGGUCAAUCAGGUUCAAAUUUGCGGUUUUUUGGUCAGUUUGCAUUUUGUAUUUAUCCAAAAAUUUAAAAUUCGUAGUUUUAUAGAAGAAUUUUUGCAAGUACUUUGAUUUUAGGAUGCAGCUCAUUUUUUUUAGAAAAUUUUUCAAUUUUUCAGAAUUUUACGAUUUAUUGAACGUAAAACGUCGCAAAUUCUCUAAUUUUUAAAAACCAAAAAAAAUACGUUUCAAAAUUUCGAUAUAAUUUAUUUUCAUUCAACUCACUGAUUCGGUCAUUCUUCCGAAUAAAUUCAAAGUUGCUUGCGGUGAACGGUUGAAAGAGAAUCUCACAUUCUCUAACAAAGUUUUUGUCAAAUGUGAAUUCUUGCUUUUGACAAGUACAACAGUAUUGUCAGUCCGAAAUUUUGUGACCGUUGGAAGAGAACCGAUUUGGCCUAGGAAACCAAAUGUUUCCUCUUUCAAUACAAAAGAUCAAAGCAGCCGCGAAGUCUACUGUAUUUUUGUUUUCUCUUCCACGGUUCAUAUUUUUUCGGAUUGUAGCACCAUAUUUCUGAUAUUUGAAAGUACGAUGAAUCGUCAAAAAAUCGAGAAAAAUACAACAAAACAAUUAAAAAUUUUAAAAAAAACACAUUUUUCCCUCCAAAAAUCAAAAAAAUCACGGACCCUUAUUUUUUUGGGACCCUUAUAUUGAGAUAGAGCCGAAAAUUUUUCAAUUUUUAGGAAUUUUACGAUUUUUUGAACGUAAAACUUGACAAAUUCUCUAAUUUUUUGAACACCAAAAAAAAUACGUUUCAAAAUUUCGAUAUAAUUUAUUUUCAUUUUAUAAACCAGUGUUGGUUUAAUUGUCAAUAAUAAAUCGAGCUGAAAAAUUGUAUAUUCAUAAAUAUCAAGAAUAUGAAAUAACUCAUUUCGAACUCACUUUCCCUGGGGUUUCUCCGGUUUUGGCGAAUUUUCUGAGAGAAAUGACGAGGCUGUUAGCCUAGGGCGGGCUUUUCUGUAGAGCUUUUUUCAGAAUACUGUACUUUAUGGAACGGGUUACUGUAGGUUUUUAAUUGGUAAAAUUUUUUUUGGCAAAAUUUCGAUUUCACGCCCGAAUCAAAAUUUUGAUUUGGGCGGGAAAGAAUUUUUUGAAGAAAAAACAUUUUUUUUUUUCGGAGGACUUUUACGCCUCUCUCAUUUUCUUUGAGGAGAUGAACACGUUAUGGAAGGUUUUCUAGCUGAGAAGAUCUUGAUUUAGGCAAGUUUUCUCGGAAAAUUCCUUCAAAUUGUUGAUUUUCAAAACUUAAGAACCGAAAAAUCUCAAAAAUAUUUUUUUUUUAGUUUUUUUGGGAGCAUUUAUGAACCCUACCAAAAAUAAAUUGUUUUUUUUCAGAUUUGCUCAUCGAACAACAUCGUGUCAAUUGUGGAAUUCGUUUCAAUAACACAGAUUGCUUUUUUGGUCAGUUUACAUUUUGUAUUGUUCCAAAAAUUUAAAAUUCGUAGUGUUAAUUGAUUUUUUUGACAGAUACUACUCGAAACAAUGAAUGGAUGGAUCGAAAGGAGGAUUCAGGAUGGAGGAUUGAGUUGAAAGGUAAAUUUUUCAAUUUUUCAGAAUUUUACGAUUUAUUGAAAGUAAAACGUCGCGAAUUCUCUAUUUUUUAAAAACCAAAAAAAUACGUUUCAAAAUUUUGAUAUAAUUUAUUUUCAUUUAACUCACUGCUACAAGAAUCAAUAGGUUUGUUCUUAAAUGUUGGUUUUCAAAAGUCCAGAACAACUCAUAAGAAAUCAACUAAAAAAAAGAUUAUGGUGGUUCGAAUUUGAUUGGGUUCAACUCACUGGAGCAUCUCUUUGGGCUUCCAGAAAAAAAUCGAGAAAAAUACAACAAAACAAUUGAAAAUUAAAAAAAAACACAUUUUUCCCUCCAAAAAUCAAAAAAAUCACGGACCCUUAUUUUUUUGGGACCCUUAUAUUGAGAUAGAGCCGAAAAUUUUUCAAUUUUUAGGAAUUUUACGAUUUAUUGAACGUAAAACGUCACAAUUUCUCUAA